AACCAUAGACACUGUUGGUGACGAAUAAUUCUAACCUCAACCCAAUAUUUGCUUAAACGUGUUGUUAAAAUGAAAGUGAAAGUUUUAAGCAGAAAUCCUGACGAUUAUCUCCGUGAAACAAAACGAGACAUUCAUAAAACUCCUAGAAAUUAUGAUCCCAAUUUACAUCCGUUCGAGUCUGCCAGAGAAUAUGUUAGAGCUUUAAACGCUGUUAAACUAGAGCGAGUAUUUGCAAAACCAUUUGUAGGAAGCCUAGAUGGUCAUCGUGAUGGCAUUUCAUGUUUAAGUAAACACCCAAAGCAACUCUCAAUUCUUUUAAGCGGAUCGUACGACGGAGAAAUUCGAAUUUGGGAUGUGCCACAAAAAUUAUGUAUACGUAGUUUCGUGGCGCACGAUGGAAUUGUCAGGAGCAUUACUUACGAACCCAAGGGCAGAUGUUUCUUUACUUUGGGCGAUGACAAAACCAUUAAAACUUGGAACACGGCCGCACCGAGUUCACCCGAAGACGAGGAACCAAUUAAUACAAUCUUAAGUAAAACUGUUGUAACUGGAAUCAGCCAUCAUCAAAGUAAACCGAUAUUUGCAACGUGCGGAGAGAUUUGUCAAAUAUGGGAAGAGAGCCGUAGUGAACCAAUACACACAUAUAAAUGGGGCGUGGAUAGUUUACAUGACAUAGCUUUUAAUCCUAUAGAAUCGAAUUUAUUAGCAACGUGUGCAAGUAAUAGAAGCAUUAUUUUAUAUGAUACUCGUGAUACGGGACCUUUACGAAAGGUUAUCAUGAAGUUGCGUCCAAAUCGUUUGGUGUGGAAUCCAAUGGAGGCAUUUAUAUUUACAUGUGCGAAUGAGGAUUACAAUUUGUACAGUUUUGAUACCAGAUGGUUAAAAAAACCUGUGAACGUUCAUGUGGAUCAUGUUUCCGCCGUUAUUGAUCUGGACUAUUCCCCUACAGGAAAGGAAUUUGUAAGUGGCAGUUAUGACAAAUCGAUUAGAAUAUUUGAAGCUGGAAAGGGUCAUUCACGUGAAAUAUAUCACACAAAACGAAUGCAACGUUUAACUUGUGUCUUGUGGUCCCUCGACAACAAAUAUAUUCUUAGCGGAUCUGAUGAGAUGAACAUUCGAAUAUGGAAAGCGAGGGCGUCGGAAAAAUUAGGGACUUUAAAACCACGAGAAAGAACUGCACUACAAUACAGUGAAGUAUUAAAGGAGAAGUAUGCUACUCAUCCACAAAUACGUCGUAUUGCUCGUCACAGACAAGUACCUAAACAUAUAUACAAUGCUCAAAAUGAAUUGAGGACCAUUAAACAGAAGAUAAAGAGGAAGGAGGCAAAUCGUCGCACACACUCUAAAAAGGGAGAAGUACCCUUUGUACCAGAAAGAACAAAACAUAUCGUUAAGGAAGAUAUUUAAUUAUGAGUUGUAUGUUGUAUACAGUCAAAAUUGUAAUUAUAUACUAAGGAUCAGCUACUACCAUAUUUGGCUUAUUGUUUUACAAAUUUUAACAUUUUACUUACAUGGCAGUAGUAACAUGCAAAAAUAAAUUUUUUUAUUUUC